AUAACUCCUAGUGCAAACAAUGGAGGCUUCAGAGGUAGAAAAUGGAGAAAGUGUAACAGCUACAUGACCUAAGCGAAUAGGAUGGACAAUGAUUCAAAGCUUUACUCUACUGAUGAAUUCUUCCAGCAACGAAGCCUGAGAAUUCCUUUAUAUUACGAAGGACUUAAAGAUGGAGAAUAUAGAUCACUACAAUAACUUGGACAUAGACUAUGUCCUCAACUAUCAAGAUUUGAACUCUGCAGCUCCUGUUUCACACUUCACAUGUGAUCCCUACAUUGAAAUUAUUGAACAACCUAAGCAGCGAGGCUUCCGGUUUCGUUAUGGAUGUGAGGGACCAUCUCAUGGUGGUUUACCCGGUGUUACAAGUGAAAAAAACAAAAAGACAUACCCAACAGUGAAGGUCCAUAACUAUACAGGCCCUGUCAAAAUUGUGGUGCAAUUGGUUACCAUUGAUGAACCUCCACUUCUGCACGUGCACAGCCUGGUAGGAAGACAAUGUAAAAAUGGAAUCUGUGUGGUCCAGAUAGAUUCUGAGGACAUGACUGCAAGCUUUCCCAAUCUUGGAGUUCUUCAUGUUCCAAAGAAGGACGUGGCAGCAAUUAUAGAAGAACAACUGAUUAAAUCAUGGAUGUCAGACAUCAAUAAUGGAAAUAUGUCACCUUCUGAAGAAGAUGGAGUGGAAUGGCAAGAGAAACAUCUGCAAAAAGAAGACAGAGAGAGAAUUCAUCAAGAAGCCCAGAAGCAAACCAAGUACAUGGAUCUCAGUGUUGUCCGCCUGAUGUUCACACCAUACCUGCCAGGAAGUGAUGGCAAGUUCACACAUAGGCUUAGUUCAGUUAUAUCGGAUCCCAUUUACGAUAGUAAAGCACCCAAUGCAUCAAGUUUGAGAAUAGUAAGAAUGGCCAAAACUGCCGGGAGUGUAGUGGGUGGGGAUGAAGUCUUUCUGCUGUGUGAUAAAGUACAAAAAGAUGAUAUCCAGGUCCGGUUCUACCAGGAGGAUGAAAGUGGUCACAUCUGGGAGGCAUUUGGAAAAUUUAGUGCUGCCGAUGUUCAUAGACAGUUUGCCAUAGUUUUCAAGACACCAAAGUACUUUGACCUGCACAUUACCAAACCGAUCUCAGUGUUUGUCCAGCUACGAAGGCGAUCAGAUGGUGAAACCAGUGAACCCAAACCUUUCAUAUACUACCCACACAAGCAGGCCAAGAAAAAGUCUGAGAAGAAAUGGCAAAAGACUUUCCCUAACUGUCCAGAUAAUUACGAGGAGCCAGCGUUAGCUCACAGGGGAAUAUACGGUGAUAAUCUUGGAGAGGAAAUGACAGUUUUAAGAAGACCUGAAUGUUUCAUAUCACCAUCCUAUGCACACAAAGAUGACAUUGCUGGAGGUUUACAAUUUUCUCCAAUUGUCCAAUUUUCGAACAUUUGAGUUGCCAGGUGAUGGUGAAAUAAGAAAAGCCAUUGGUUGUUUCAAUCACAUGGCAACAACCCAAGAUACCAGGAAUAAUACAAGGGGUGAUUGAUAAGUUUGCGGCUUAAGGU